UUUGAUACCGCAAGUGCCGUAGACCUCUGACGUUGGUGUUGGGAAGACGCGUUCAGGUGUUCAUGCUGGAAACAGGGAUUAAAGUUUCAAACUUCAAGCCUUCCCGACAUAAUUUGAUGACGUUGAUGAUAAUUUUCAGCAUACUGAUCCUGCCGCUGCAAGGCAACAACGUGAAGUAAAAACGCAACUGAUAGAUAUAGAAGUUGUUAGAGAGACUUUCUUGACUAGUUGAUAUUACAUAUCAGCAGCACCGAUGUCAGAUCCUAUGUUUGACGACGGCUUUCCGUCAUCUACUCGACGAUCCCCGCGAACUCCACGAACACAGGCGGUUCCAUCUUCAUCCUCAUCAACCUCCUCCUCCUCGUCAUGGACAACGAUCCCGCCGCUGAUGAAAAAGCUGUUUGAUAAAUUCCCGCUGGUUACAUACCCGGACACUAUCCUCCCCGCGGCGGGGUGUGGCAGCAGCGCGGAUCAGAAGGAUAAGAUGGGAGUCGUGUUCGUGCAUGACUUGAGCAGUGUUUCGAUUUUUCCCGAGUCGGUGCGGUUACUGACCGUUCUACGACUUGCAAAGAUUUACGACUCAUUAACAAUUUUCCCUGCAUCACCACAUUCCGCACCCGAGAACGGCCCGUUCCCUUACGUAUUUGUCCCCCGCUCAUUACCAAAAGCGCAGGACCGGAAGAAAGACCAAAGCUACAGCUUGCCUUCGCCGCAGUUCAAUUCCUGGCUGUCGAGUCUGCCGAAUGCUCGCAGUGUACCAUAUUCGGCCGCGGAAGAUUCACCGAUCAUCAUGCUUUUAGACGUGCGUAUCCGGGAUGCGUUUCUGUUGACGCUGUAUCUGUAUAGCGCCAAUUACAAAAACAUUGUACUGCCGGGCUUUUAUAGACAUCUCAAUAGCAGCAAAGCAGAGUCCAAAAACCUUGGGUCUGAGAACACUGGAUUCUUCCCUCACGUUGUUUCAUACGUCCAAUACAAUGCCGUCAAGGAGACUCUAAGGCGCAGUGUGGGUUCACAGCGAAUAGACGCAAAAUUCAAAAUCAACAUCUUGAUCGGGGCCGAGGAAGCGCUCGAUGCGUUGUCAGAUCUAGUCGCCGAAUCAACCAGCGGCUUUCUUUCUGGAACAAGCGAACCGGGCGUGGUCGAUGCUGCCGUCUACGGGUACUUGUAUCCGGUUUUGCAUUUGGGGUUGAAGGGCGAGAACGGGAACGGAGAGGCGGAGCUGGUGGAGUUGGUGCGGGAACGGCCGAAUUUGGUGGAGCUGGUAGAGAAGAUUCAUAAGCUAGCGUGGACCUCAUGAAUAUGUCGGUGUAUGAUGUGUAUGAUAGAAAUCUCUUUUCACUAAUUUUUCCAAUGUUAAUUCUCCUC